CGGAGAGAUCAGAGUAAUCACAUCACUGGCAGCGCAUUUAUCCACCCGGCUCUGUAUUUAUUAUUGGCCUCACUCACCGGCCAUGCCGCACUUAGGGCCCCCUCAAGCGCUGAAGGGCCCCGCCUCGGCUGAUGUUUGGGGGUGAGAGAGGACACAGGAGCCUCUGCAGGACAUUAGCGCCAGCACUACUCUUGAUGGGGAAUCAGCCGGAGCUACUUCGCUAACAGUGAUCGCUACGUUGGGAUCUUUCGGCCUGACUCUGGCACCUGCCCUCCUGUCACUUUUCCCGACCCCCGGAUUUAGCAGCGCCCAGAGCACAGGGAGAUAGCGCUGAAUAAAUCCCGCAGGAGAUAGCGCUGAAUAAAUCCCGCAGGAGAUAGCGCUGAAUAAAUCCCGCAGCCGCUGAGCAUCAUGUGGACUCCGACAGAGGAGGAGAAAUACGGAGUAGUGAUAUGUAGCUUCCGUGGAUCUGUACCUCAGGGCUUGAAUUUGGAACUGGGGGAGACUGUUCAUAUCCAGGAGAAAUGUGAAGGCUGGUACAGAGGAGCCUCCUUUAAGAACCAAAACAUAAAGGGAAUCUUUCCAACAAACAUCAUCCAUUUGAAGAAGGCUACAGUAAGCAAUCGAGGGCAGUAUGAGACAGUGGUUCCUGCUGAAGACCCCCUUGUUACAGAGGUGACAUUGACGCUGCAGGAAUGGGCCUCCCUGUGGAAGCAGCUCUAUGUGAAGCACAAGGUAGACCUAUUUUACAAGCUGCGCCAUGUGAUGAACGAAAUCAUUGACCUGCGCAGGCAGCUGCUAUCAGGUCAUCUCACACAGGAUCAGUUACGAGAAGUCAAGAGACACCUGACAGUGCGUCUGGAUUGGGGAAAUGAGCAUCUGGGCCUGGACUUAGUGCCCCGCAAAGAAUUUGUAGCUGUAGAUUCUGAUCAGAUCAGUGUCUCCGACCUGUACAAGAUGCAUCUGUCAAGUCGACACAGCGUUCAACAAAGUACAAAUCAGGCAGACACCCUACGGCAACGGCACAAGGAGCCACGAGCUCCCGUUCCUCACCACCUGCUACUCAAUCUGAAGAGUUUCACACACACUAACAUAGGGGAAGAUGUGGACCUCUUCUUCUCACUGUAUGACAUGAGGGAGGCACGUCAGAUCAGCGAGAGGUUUAUGGUACGUCUGAACAAGAAUGGAGGUCCAAAGAACUCGGAGAAGUUGGAAAGACUCUGUGCACUUUUUACAGAUUUGAGCAGUAAGGAUGUAAAAAGAGACCUGCAUCUUGUGGUUCAUGUCAUCCGUAUAGGGCGUAUGUUAUUGAAUGACUCACGGAAAGGGCCUCCUCAUGUGCACUAUCGGCGUCCAUAUGGCUGUGCAGUGUUGAGCCUUGGGGAGGUAUUGCCAGUCUUGUGCGAACAUCGAGAAGAGAAGGAUUUUGUACUGAAGGUGUAUAUGUGUAAUAAUGAGAAUGAGUGGUACCAGACUCACGAGAACAUCAUCCGAAAGACCAGCACCAAGUAUUCCACACCCAGUUCCAACUAUGGACUGAUGGUAUCCUUACAACUGCUGCGAGGGGACAUGGAGCAGAUCCGCAGGGAGAACCAACUGCUCUUUAAUAGAGGGGCAGCUGUGACUCGCAAGUUGGGAUUCCCAGAUGUCAUUCUGCCAGGGGACAUCCGCAACGACCUCUAUGUGACUCUUGAAAGGGGUGACUUUGAGAGAGGAGGAAAGAGUGUGCAGAAGAACAUUGAGGUCACCAUGCACGUUCUCUACGCAGAUGGAGAAAACUUGAGGGACUGUGUUAGUCUUGGGACGGGAGACCCUACAAGAACUCAGUAUCACUCCUUCGUUCUGUACCACAAUAACAGCCCCCGCUGGGGAGAGCUCAUUAAACUGCCAAUCCCCAUUGACAGGUUUCGAGGGUCCCACCUCCGCUUCGAGUUCAGACACUGCUCCACAAAGGAUAAAGGUGAGAAGAAGCUCUUUGGCUUUUCUUUCACCCCAUUAAUGAGAGAUGAUGGGACCACAAUGUCGGAUGACAUCCAUGAGCUCUAUGUCUAUAAGUGUGAUGAGAACAGCACUUUCAACAACCAUGCUUUGUACCUGGGGCUUCCCUGCUGCAAGGACGAUAUGAGUGGCUGCCCCAACAUCCCUUCAAGUCUGAUUUUUCAGCGCAGUGCCAAAGAGACUUUCUGUAUCUCCACACAGCUUUCUUCUACCAAGCUCACUCAGAAUGUUGAUCUUCUAGCACUCCUGAAGUGGAAGGCUUACCCAGACCGAAUACUAGAUAUUCUUGGUCGGCUGCGGCACGUGAAUGGGGAGGAGAUAGUAAAGUUCUUGCAGGACAUACUGGACACAUUAUUUGUCAUUCUGGAUGAGAACACAGAGAAGUAUGGACUGCUGGUCUUUCAGUCACUGGUUUUUAUCAUCAACCUGCUACGCGACAAUAAAUAUUAUCACUUCCGCCCUGUGUUAGACUCGUACAUCCAGAAGCAUUUUGCUGGUGCAUUGGCCUAUAGGGAGCUGAUCCGGUGUUUGAAGUGGUACAUGGACCGAUCAGCUGACCUCGUGAGACAAGACCACAUCCAGGAAGCUAUGAGGGCUUUGGAGAUUCUCUUCAAAUUCAUCAUCCAGUCACGGGUGCUAUUUGCUCGAUCCACGGCUGGAUUGGACGAGGAACCAUUUCGCUGCAGUAUACACGAACUUUUCCAGUCCAUGCGCUUUGUGCUGAGCAUCGACACGCGGAGCUCUGACACUCUGCUCUUUACACAGCCUCCUGCAUCUGGAGGACAGGUGAGCGGAACAGGGGAUUCUGCUUUUCCAAACAAUGGGGGUUCAUCUAAGCCACCCGCAGACAGCUAUGCCGCUCUCCUCAGCUCCUUUCCUGCUAUAUUUGAGGAAUUACUGCCAAUGUUUUCAGUGGCUGAGGUGGCGGAGUUUGUACGUGGCACUCUCAGCAGUCUUCCCAGCACCCUCCACCUGGGCCAGUCAAUGGAUGUAGUGAAGCUGCAGUCUAUAGGCCGUACUGUGGACUGCCGGCUCUUCUCAUAUCCAGAGGCCCGUCGGAUCCUUCUGCCUGUGGUUCUUCAUCAUAUUCACCUGCAUUUGCGGCAGCAGAAGGAGCUCCUUGUCUGCUCUGGAAUCCUCAGCAGCAUUUUCUCCAUCAUAAAGAGUAGUUCCACGGAAGUGGAUGUGGGAGAAGAAGUUCAGAUGCUGCAGGAGAGUCUGUUAGACGUGCUGCUCCAGACACUGCUUAUCAUCAUGAGCAAAUCUCAGGCCCAGGAGGCUGCAAGAGGCCAGCGAUGCCCCCAGUGUACAGCAGAGAUCACAGGGGAGUAUGUGUCCUGCCUCCUAUCUCUUCUGCGUCUGAUGUCUGAUACUCAUUACCAACAUCUACUGCAUAACUUCCAGAGCAAGGAGGAGCUAAAGGAAUUCCUGCUGAAGAUUUUCUGUGUUUUUCGGAAUUUGCUCAAGUUAAGUGUCUUUCCCCCAGACUGGACAGUCAUGAGACUCCUCGCCAGCAAUGUAAUGGUAACAACAGUUCAGUACGUGUCCCCAGCUGUGCACAAGAACUUCUGCGAUGGAAACUUUGACUUCAAGGUGUGGAACUCCUACUUCAGCCUUGCUGUCCUUUUUAUUAAUCAGCCCAGCCUCCAGCUAGAGAACUUUGCUGCAGCAAAGAGAAGGAGGAUACUGGACAAGUAUGGAGACAUGCGAGUAAUGAUGACUUACGAACUAUUCAACAUGUGGCAAAACUUAGGUGAGCACAAAUAUCACUUCAUCCCAGGGAUGAUUGGCCCUUUUCUUGGGGUGUCUCUUGUGCCACAGCCUGAGGUGCGGAACAUAAUGAUCCCCAUCUUCCAUGACAUGAUGGACUGUGAGCAACGGAGGAAUGGAAACUUUAAACAGGUAGAGGCUGAGCUUAUUGACAAACUGGAUAGCAUUGUGUCUGAAGGAAAAGGCGAUGAAAACUAUCGAGAGCUCUUUAGCCUUCUCUCUCAGCUGUUUGGUCCCUACCCCAGCCUGCUGGAGAAGAUUGAGCAAGAGACGUGGAGAGAGCCGGGCGCCUCGUUUGUUACAUCAGUAACACGUAUGAUGGAAAGACUGCUUGACUACAGGGACUGUAUGAAAGGCGAGGAGCCUGAAAACAAGAAACUAGGAUGCACGGUCAAUCUAAUGAAUUUCUAUAAAUCAGAAAUAAAUAAAGAAGAAAUGUUCAUGAGAUACAUCCAUAAGCUUUGCGACUUGCACCUUCAGGCAGAGAGCUACACAGAGGCAGCAUUCACCCUGCUUCUCUACUGGGAAUUGCUGCAAUGGGAAGAGCGUCCUCUAAGGGAGUUUCUAAAUUACCCUGCUCAGAGUGAGUGGCAGCGGAAAGAAGGUCUGAGCCGCAAAAUCAUCCAUUACUUCAAUAAGGGCAAGUGCUGGGAGUUCGGGAUUCCGCUCUGCAGAGAACUUGCUGCUCAGUAUGAGAAACUGUAUGAUUACCAAAGCCUGAGCUGGAUCCUGAAAAUGGAGGCCUCCUAUUAUGAUCAUAUUAUGGACCAACAGCGUCUGGAACCUGAGUUUUUCCGAGUAGGAUUUUAUGGAAAGAAGUUUCCUUUCUUCCUGAGGAACAAGGAAUUUGUGUGCAGGGGGCAUGACUACGAGCGUCUGGAGGCGUUCCAGCAAAGGAUGCUCAGCGAGUUCCCCCAGGCUAUUGCAAUGCAACAUCCUAACCAUCCUGAUGACACCAUUCUGCAGAGUGACGCUCAGUACCUGCAGAUUUAUGCAGUGACUCCUCUCCCAGACACCCCACAUAUGUUGCAAAUGGAUCAGGUUCCAGAGAAAAUAAAGAGCUUCUAUCGAGUGAACAGUGUAAGAAGGUUUAGAUACGACCGACCAUUUCACCGAGGAACACGAGACAAAGACAACGAAUUUAAGAGUCUAUGGAUAGAGCGCAGCACUCUUACACUGUCUCACAGUCUUCCUGGGAUCUCGUGUUGGUUCGAAGUGCAGAAGAGAGAACUGGUGGAAGUCAGCCCGCUUGAGAAUGCUCUGCAGGUUCUUGGCAACAAGACUCAAGAGCUCCGAGCCCUUAUCACUCAGUAUCAGCACCAUAACCUACAAGGCAACAUCAACUUGCUCAGCAUGUGUCUAAAUGGAGUCAUAGAUGCUGCUGUGAAUGGGGGAAUCACCCGCUAUCAGGAGGCCUUCUUUGAUAAAGAGUACAUCACACAGCACCCUGAGGAUGCGGAGAAGAUCAGCCAACUAAAGGAGCUGAUGCAGGAGCAGGUCCACGUUCUCGGUGUAGGGCUGGCUGUACAUGAGAGAUGUGUUCACCCUGAGAUGCGUCCUCUUCAUAAGAAGCUGGUGGAUCAGUUCCAGGUUAUGCGUUCCAGUCUCUACCAGGAGUUCCCCAUGCUGGAGAAAAUGAACAUCUCUUGCCCUCCCCUUCCUCGUGGUAACAUCUUGUUAGCUCAGGGAACUAUGAGUGGCGACAGUGUGCGACUAUUACACAGACAUAGUCCUCUAGUAGUUCUGAACUCUGUGCGACAUUCCUCUUCCUCUCUCUCGUCACAUGCAUCCAGUGAUACAGGGACAACACCCACAGCUGGAGACAGUGAGAAUGAGGACCCCUACUCCAUGCAGAUGCUGCUCCCGCACUCUCUACAUGCUGGCUCUAUCACUAAUGUUUCUGCAUUAUCUUCAUCCUACACAAGCCCCUCUUCCUCUAGUCUCAGUUCCACUCACUCUGCGCCAUCGCAGCUUGUUAAUUCAGCACCUUCCAGCACACGAGGAUCACCCUCUCUCCCAGAUAAAUACCGCCACUCACGAGAUCUGGUGAUGCUGCUACCAGCACCAAGGGACCGACCCAGCAGUGCCAUGUACCAGACCAGCACAGACAAUGGCCAGCGCUGCAUGUACCCUCGUGCACUGUUCCAGCAGGUCCUGGGCCCCUGUAAGCCGUGCAGUGACCCCAACCUGUCUGUAGCUGAAAAAGUGCUUGCAGCCCCCAGCAGUUGGAGCCUUGACAGUGGGACAAGGGAGUCUCUUCCUUUAAUGACAUCUCACAUUGGGAGCGUCCUCACCCCCACUGGAACCACCAGGGGCCUGACACAAGGUCAUUACUCUCUGCACUUUGAUGCAUUCCAUCCUGCUAUGGGGGAAGGUGGCCCAUCUCUGCACAUGAGGUCCCUUCGUAAGAGUCCUCUUCACACUAUCCCUGCCUCUCCCACCAGCCCUCAGUCAUGCCUCGAUGGCAGUAAUUCUCCACUCUCAGGCAGCGCAAGCAGUGGAGUCUCUUCCCUAAGUGAAGGAAAUCUAUCUGGGUGCCCAGACCCAGCUUCAACUACAGACCCCAGGACAGAAGAAGAUCAUACUGGAGGCUUCCAACAUUAUCCUCCAGUGCGGUACAGUCUGUCAGAUCCCAAUGGCUUGGAGCCUCCUAAAUUCCAGGCAUGCAGAAGUUAUUCAGCCCCAGGUGGGGUCACUCCACCUCGGUCACCCAGUGGAGAAAAUGAGGAGGGAGGAGCUGAUCAGGAACGGACACGAAGACAUCGGAGAAACUGCACAGGGGAAAAAGACCAACCAGCACGGGUGGGGUGGGAGCACAACAUGAGCAAACAGUAGCAAGGGCAGCUUGUAUGGAGCAGGAGGACCAGCAGGAGAAGUUAACGAGCAGUAUGUUUGAGAUGGUAACCUACAGAUCGAUGAAAUGCUUUGUGAGGGGUAAGCAUUUCAGAGAUCUGUAGGUCAGAAAGAGGUAUGGGUACUUGUUAUUGAGAUCUGUAUGUUUGGAAUGAGUGAGGAGUAAUAGUAAUUAGUGGAAGGGACUGGUCAGAUCUGUAGGUUAGUGAAACCUGUGUAUGCGUUUGUGAGAGCUGUAUGGAAGGAGGAAGCGAAUAUUUUAGUUUGAGUUUUUGAGACUAGUAUUUUAGGAAGAGGUGAGGGGUACCCAGUGUUACUGAGAUCUGUAUGUUUUGGGAGAUGGGAGGUGUGUGAUUUGAAGAUCUGUAUAUUUGGAAAAGGGGGUACAUGAUACUGAGAUAUGUGUGUAAUGAAGAUGCAAGGGGUACAUGUACAGAAUAUUGAUGUGUGUUUUUACUUUUUAUUACAGUAUGUGUGUGAUUGACAUGAGAAGCUAUGUAAGAACAUGUGAGGGUGAAGAGUCACUGAGCUCCAAAACAUGUGAGAGAGAUGCAUCUUGUACUUAUGGCGUACAGCACAUAUGGACCGAUAAUGGCCCUCUCAUUGAGAUCACUGGUAAUAAAAAUAUCCUUGCCCACCCAAAACUUCUUCCCAUUCCACUGAAUAGUACUGCCUAUGGCUGACGCUGGCACUGCCAAGUUGGGUAUCAUUUGGAAAAGGUGUUUCUAAGAGACUCUGCUUAGCGACAAUGGUGUGCCUCCAUGUGCCCUUGGCCUUAAGGUUACAGGGGGAGGGCAGCUUUUUGACGCUCUUGGUAAAGUACAGCCUGAGACACACUUCAUACUCAUAUUCAAAUUCACCAUUGGCAACUCCAGCAUCUGCCACAAGCACCACAUUUUCUAUUCCAACAACGAGUGGGCAAGGGACAGUGACAUUCUUCCUGAGAGGGCAGUGAGAGUCAGAUUGCUCUGUGUUCCAAAAGUCUUAUUUAUGAGAAUGUGAAGGGAAUCACAGUAAUAGCAUGGCUGUAAUCAAUUUAAUUUAUCCCACCUUGAAGAAACUGCUUCUCCUCCUGCCCAUCAAUUCAGGACAUUGGUUAUUCCUGCUGUUGGACUCGACAAAUUGCAGCCUGUCCGCCCUGUCACCCAGGGGUUUUACCCCUCGAUGUCUAUGAGGGUCCAGAGAAAAUUUAAAAAUCCAUCAAUCACCAUCAGAAGGGAAUGAGCAAGCUCUUUUUAUGUGUGUUCAUAGUAUCAGCCCUCCAGCGGUGCAGUUUUGUGUCCCUGAAAAUCAGCUUCCCGCAGGGUGUGUGUUUGUAUAUACAGUGUCCGCAUGUUCCUCGCACACGCCGUGCCGUCCGGUUUAUGUGUAAAUACGAUUCACUUCUGUUUCUGUUGUUGUUUUUUUUUCCUUCAGAUGGUUGUUAUAUGAAAAUAAAGUUUACUGCACAGGA